AGUGUGAUCUGAUGAUGUAUCUUCAAAUUGUAGCGUGAGCGAAAAACUUUAUACGAUUCAAAAUAUGAUACAAUUCCUCAAUCAGAUUUGGAAAUUAUAAGGAGAAAAAAAAAAAAAUUAGAAUCCUUUCGUAGAUUCAGCUUUCACGUUAAGUAGGCGCGUUUUCUUCUUCCUCCAGCCCCAGUCUCCGCACCCACUUUUCGCACUCUGCCAUCAUGCCUCCUCGAAAUUCGCCACCAGGCAAUGCCGAAGUGGUGAAUUCGUCCGGUGUGAAGUACCCCAAGAGAUCAGCGCUCGUAUGGCUGGCCUUGUUCGUCGUUAUCAUAUAUUUCUCUUGGGCUGUUCAUUACUAUCAAUUCGAUAACAUGCCUGCGCCUCUGGGCGCUGACCAUGCCGGCAAAAGGGGUUUCUCCGAGGUUGAGGCCAUCAGGCAUGUCCGCGCCUUGACUCAAGUGGGUCCCCACUCUAUCGGUUCUGAUGCUCUCGAUGACGCACUCCAGUAUGUUUUGGCAGAGGCAGAAAAAAUUAAGAAAAUGGCUCACUGGGAGGUUGAUGUUCAAGUGGAUUUUUUUCAUGCAAAAUCUGGUGCAAACCGUAUGGUCAGUGGCCUGUUUGCCGGGAAAACACUCAUUUAUUCGGAUCUUUAUCAUAUCAUCUUACGAAUAUUGCCAAAAUAUGCAUCUGAAGCAGAAGACAAUGCUAUCUUGGUGUCUUCACACAUUGACACUGUUUUCUCAACGGAAGGAGCUGGUGACUGUAGUUCAUGUGUAGCUGUUAUGUUGGAACUUGCUCGAGGGGUUUCUCAAUGGGCUCAUGGAUUCAAGAAUGCUGUUAUAUUUUUAUUUAAUACCGGGGAAGAGGAGGGUCUGAAUGGUGCUCAUAGCUUUAUAACUCAGCACCCCUGGAGUAGCACUAUCCGUAUGGCUAUUGAUUUGGAGGCCAUGGGCAUAGGGGGAAAGUCUAGCAUAUUUCAGGCUGGUCCCCAUCCAUUGGCUAUUGAAAACUUUGCCAAGGCAGCAAAGUACCCAAAUGGUCAAAUUGUUUCACAGGAUAUCUUUUCUUCUGGUGUCAUAAAAUCUGCAACAGAUUUCCAAGUGUACCAAGAAGUUGCUGGUCUUUCUGGUCUUGACUUUGCCUACACAGAUAAUAGUGCAGUAUAUCACACUAAGAAUGACAAACUAGAGCUUUUAAAGCCGGGUUCUCUUCAGCAUCUUGGAGACAAUAUGCUUGCUUUUCUGCUUCAGACUGCACCAUCCAAUCUUCCAAAAGGCAAGGCAAUGGAAGCUGAGGAGAAAACUGGCCAUGAGACUGCUAUAUUUUUUGACAUUUUGGGAACAUACAUGGUUGUAUAUCGUCAACGUUUUGCAAAUUUGCUUCAUAAUUCUGUGAUAAUGCAAUCCAUUUUGAUAUGGGUUACAUCCUUGCUUAUGGGUGGUUAUCCUGCUGCAGUUUCAUUGGCCUUAUCACUCUUAAGUGUUAUCCUCAUGUGGAUAUUUUCAUUAAGUUUCUCAAUUCCUGUUGGCUUCCUAUUACCAUUGAUUUCUUCAUCACCAGUGCCCUUUGUUGCAAACCCUUGGUUGGUAGUUGGGUUAUUUGCUGCCCCUGCUUUCCUUGGGGCAUUGACUGGUCAACAUUUAGGUUAUCUCAUUCUUCAUUCAUAUCUAUCACAUGCAUCUUCCAAGAGAAUGCAGAACCUGUCUCCCAUUAUUCAAGCUGAUGUGAUUAAGUUCGAGGCGGAAAGAUGGCUCUUUAAAGCUGGAUUUGUCCAGUGGUUUGUUCUUCUGAUGGUGGGAAACUAUUAUAAGAUUGGAUCUUCCUAUGUGGCUCUUGUUUGGCUGGUCUCACCUGCAUUUGCAUAUGGCUUUCUUGAAGCAACUUUAUCCCCAGUCAGGCUGCCAAGACCACUCAAAAUCGUAACCCUCCUAAUGGGCAUAUCUUUGCCAAUUUUACUUUCUGCUGGCAUGUUUAUUCGGAUGGCAGGCACUCUAAUUGGGACUGCAGUUCGAUUUGAUAGGAACCCUGGCAGCACUCCUGAGUGGCUGGGGAAUGUAAUAAUUGCGAUUUAUAUUGCUGCUGUCAUAUGCCUGACGUUGGCGUAUCUCCUCUCUUAUUUUCACCUUUCAGGUGCAAAAAAAUCAAUUGUCCUUUCAACUUGCAUGCUGUUUGGUCUCUCCCUAGCUGUUGUAUUAUCUGGUACUGUUCCAUCAUUUACUGAAGACACUGCUAGAGCUGUAAAUGUUGUGCAUGUUGUGGACACAACAGAAAAGUAUGGUGAAAUGCAAGAUCCUAGAUCAUAUAUUUCCAUAUUUUCUACAACUCCUGGAAAUUUGAUAAAGGAGGUGGAACAAAUAAAUGAAGGAUUUGUUUGUGGAAGAGAUAAGGUUCUUGAUUUUGUUACUUUUUCUGUCAAAUAUGGUUGCUUGACAAAUGAUGACAUUGGAGGUGGGUGGAGCAAAUCAGAUAUCCCUGUGCUGCAUGUAGAUAGUGACACAGAGGGGGAUGGCAGAACUACACAAAUUUCUAUUGAUACAAAGGUUUCCACACGCUGGUCUCUUGCAAUCAACACUCAAGAAAUAGAAGACUUCUUGUUCAAAGAAAAUUCUGAUGAGUUAGUUCCUCUGGGUGGCAAGGGCAGCAACAACGGAUGGCACAUCUUCCAGUUUUCUGGUGGGAAGAAUUCACCAACAAGGUUUGAUCUGACUCUUUUCUGGAGAAAAAAUUCUACCAAGUCAGCUCACAAUGCGGACGGACAGCGAGCAGAGCAGCAUCCCCUGUUAAAACUAAGGACGGAUGUUAACAGAUUGACACCAAAAGCUGCAAGAGUGCUUACAAAGCUUCCCUCAUGGUGUUCCCAAUUUGGGAAGUCUACAUCCCCUUACAACCUAGCCUUCUUAACUAGCCUUCCUGUUCUUUUCUAGGUACCCAACAAUUUCAUUCCCCAAAUGCAACAUCUAUAGUUGGCAAUUUUUAUUUUUUAUUUUUAAUUUACAAUUAAUAAGUGUGUCAGAUCCUUAGAUUAUUCCAAGAUGAGCUGUUUCUUUUUAAAAAUUUUCAUGUUCAGGUUGUGACAGUAGGAACGGUUGAGUUGAGGUGUAUGGUGAACUUUCCUUGGAUCACCUCUGUGGCCAGGAGAAGCAUUUGAUUUGGCCCUGAAAAUGAUUGUUGGUAGUUGGUACAUCCCUUGAUAAACCCCAUCUGAGAUUUGGAUGGAAAAUAUACCGAUAGUAACUCGGGUUUGUUUGAAUCAAA